UCACGACUGGAUAACGCCGAGCAAUAUCUCAUUACUCUGCAACAGAAUUAUAUGGUGGCUGAAAAUGAUCGUGACCGGCUACAGGAUGCUUUGCGUCGUUUUCAGUCGAUGGUCGACCGAACAGUUACCAUCAAUCGUUUUCUGGCUGGCAAAAACGAAUAUCGCGAAGCACUUGAUCGUAUGAAGAGAAAGACCGGCGAUUCCCAUGUCACCAUCACGAAACAUGAAACCAUCUUUAGAAAUAUCGAAGAUCAACUUGUGGAUGUUGAAGAAGAUAAGCGAGCACUGGAAAUGCGUCUAGCAUCGGCGAAGCAGCUUCUGCGCUCCCAGGAAGAGGCGCUGAAACAGCGCGAUGAGGAGCGACGUCAGCUGAAGACUAAAAUGGCAAACUUCGAAAUGGAAGCACGUGGAAAAGAAGCGCAAAUACGCCAGCUUAAUGAGUUAGUACGAAAUUUGCGAAAAGAUUUGGAAACGGCACAAGGCGAUCUACGCGUGCUCCGCGACCACGAAGAGCAGUGGGACGCACAUAAAUUCCAUCUGGAAAGCAAGCUUAAGGACCAGGAAGGCGAAUCGCAGCGAAUCAGCGUACUGCUGGCGAACUUUGAAACCGAAAGAAGCACUCUCAACGAUAAGGUGCGCGACCUCGCCAACCGUCUCCAGCUGAGCGAAAGCAGAAAUGUGGAUAUGAAGGAGGAUAACGACCGCAUGAAGAAGGAUCUAGUAAAGGCGAUGACAACCGAAACGGAGCUCAGACGUACCGUCGAGCAGCAGUCUCGCGCCGUCAGUGACAAUCAAAUUCUCAAGGAUCAGCUAGAGAGUGCGCAAAGUGACUUGGCGAAUGCAAACAACCGUAAACAGCAACUUGAAAGCGAACUGCUCAUGGUGCGUUCUGAGCUGCGUGAUCUGAAACAGCGCCUCAGUGACAACAGCAGUCGCAUAUCGGAUUUACAGCGACAUCUCAAUGAUGCCGAAAACGACAAAAAACGCCUGACUGACAGACUGCUUGGUCUGGAAAAGACUAUAUCUCAACAACGCUUAGCCGAAACCGAGCUUCGUCAGCAACUGUCGUCGGCAAUGAACGAGCGUAAUUCGCUGCAGAAUGAGCUUGGAGAUUUGCAACGCCGCUUUGCCCGUAUCGAGACUGAAAAGAAGAUCCUCGGCAACAAAUUUGAAGAGCUCGAGAAAAUCCGUCAGACACUUAUCAAGAGAAUUGAACUGCUUGAGACCGAGAAACGGGUUGCCGAAAAUAUCAUCCAGGAAACUGCGCUACAGCGUGAAUCAAUUGAAAGUUCGUUGAGCGCGCUGGAACGCGAAAACAAGCUAGAGAGUGCGCAAAGUGACUUGGCGAAUGCAAACAACCGUAAACAGCAACUUGAAAGCGAACUGCUCAUGGUGCGUUCUGAGCUGCGUGAUCUGAAACAGCGCCUCAGUGACAACAGCAGUCGCAUAUCGGAUUUACAGCGACAUCUCAAUGAUGCCGAAAAUGACAAAAAACGCCUGACUGACAGACUGCUCGGUCUGGAAAAGACUAUAUCUCAACAACGCUCAUCCGAAACCGAGCUUCGUCAGCAACUGUCGUCGGCAAUGAACGAGCGUAAUUCGCUGCAGAAUGAGCUUGGAGAUUUGCAACGCCGCUUUGCCCGUAUCGAGACUGAAAAGAAGAUCCUCGGCAACAAAUUUGAAGAGCUCGAGAAAAUCCGUCAGACACUUAUCAAGAGAAUUGAAUUGCUUGAGACCGAGAAACGGGUUGCCGAAAAUAUCAUCCAGGAAACUGCGCUACAGCGUGAAUCAAUUGAAAGUUCGUUGAGCGCGCUGGAACGCGAAAACAAGGAAUUACAUCGCAACUGUGCGCAGCUGCAGCAGCAGAUCGCGCAACUAGAGAUGGAUAAUGGCAAUCGCCUAAUCCAACUCACCAAUAAGCAACGUGAAGACCAUGAUAAAUUUGUCCAAAAUAUGAGGACCGAGAAGCUACAGGUAAGAUACUUUCUUUGCAGUUUAAUCUGUUAG